AUGUAUGAAAGCAAUGCCACAGAGAACACGAACCAGUCAGACUUGCUCUUUGAUCCCAGGAAUCAAGAACUGUGCAACAGGCAGCUCUGCCACCUCUCCCCUGCAGUCUUCUAUCUGAAUGGUCCGGUGUGGGUAUUGUCGCCAGCAGCUGCUGACGCCUCCCAGGAGUGCUACGUGGCAUCCUCGCGGUCACCGCUCUUCUUCCUCGACGGAGACGCCCAGCGCGACUUCCCCUUGAUCCACCGCCAAGCGGACCCUACGGGAGCUGCUGCCCCCGGAAGUGCUGUCCCGCGGAGUGGGAGGAGCGAAGCGCUGCUCCCGGAAGUGCCGGCAGGCCGGGUGGGCGUGGCGAGUCGCCGCACCCGGAAGUGGCGGCCCGCAGGCGGGGCUGCGGUUGCCACGUUGGAGCGGAGCGUGGAGGUGGCCCUGGCCCGCGGAGGAGGGGCGGCGGCCGCGGAUCCUGGGAGAGUCCAACGUUCGCCGGCUAACGCGGGACGGGUCGCUGAGGUCCGCCAGGUGUGUCCGCCGUUUGUUUCCUGCCCUACGCCAGGUUCCGUGUCGGCUGCAGAGGCCCGAGGCCCGUUUUCCGCUAACGGCGCGCCCCUGUCUCGUUUCGGCCCCGCCGGGACGACGCCUGGAGUCGAAGCUGCCGGGUGAUCGCGCCCGUCAUCCUCUGCCAACGUUUGCAGGCUGCCCUGCUCGGGAGUGAG